AUGACGACUGACCCGUUUUCGGGCUCUUCUCGGCCUGGAACCCCAUCUGCAUCUGCCGUUGUCGGUGAAGCCCCUAUCGUCCCUUCUGUGGAGGCUCAGCACCUAGCCCGCUUCGAGUUCAGCGAUGCUGGUACAAAGGUUCUGAUGGUGGAGUGGUAUCCCGAUGCCGUUCCGGGCCCCGCUGCAUCUGCCAAUUCUCCUGCCGACACCCCCGGUGAACAAUCCGCUCCGGCUGCCGAUCGCAUCUCCGCAACGGAGCCGGCUUCGGCCUCUCCUCCGGUGGACAGCAUCAACAGAGCAUGCUGGCAAGUGUCGUGGCCCGGGAAAUCUACUAACCUCCCUGCUGCUGAUCUUGAGUCAGACUCUGGUGCAGGCACUGCUCCUGCGGCUUCAUCUCGCCAACGGCGUCGCCGUGUGUUCUUCCUGCUCCCCGCUGAUGCCACGGUCCCCCCGACCAUCACUAUCACGCCGCCUGGCUCACCUAGUCUGACCCUCAAACCACUUCCGGCCAUCUUCCCACCAGGCCUUGCCGCUGAUCCAGGCAACCGGGGAGUCCUGCACACACUAUGGGCUCGCCAACGCCUGGCAGCCAUAGAUCGGGAGGUAGCCGACGAGCUUCGCAAUAAUGCUGAGGGAGUAGGUGUUGAGAUGGCCCUCGCCGAGAGGCAAUGGAUUCUCGACACAUUCAUCAACACGCCGCAGCUUCCCAGUGAUUCCAUCCCUCUUCCUGUAGCCACUCGUUCACCUACGGGUCGCUUGGGGGACAAGCUCAAAGGUCUCAAGCUGGCCACAUCACCUGCUGAUCUAACACCGAGCACGACAGGUAUUCGAGAUCCAUCGCUCCCAGUCCCUGUAGGGCGUGAUAUCGCUGUGUCGUCCCAUGAGGCCAUGGCCAGCAACGCAUCUAAAGGUCCCAUAUCGCUGAAUGCUGCACUACAUGGCGACGUGACAACAGCUGCCUCGGCCCCUGUGAGACCUUUACGGCGAGAUGACGACGACGAUCUGUUUGCUCUGCCCAUGAGCCCACGUAGCCCAGAUAUGAAGAAGAGUCCUUUCAGCGCGCUAUGA